AGGUUUCGCAGCCGCAGUCGCAGUGUAGUUAGUUGCACUGGUUGUAGCGAUUUAAGGUGUUUAUUUGGAUUAUCAACAUCAAAUAAAAAUGUUUAUUGAUUUUAACUGCUUGUGAUACUAAAAUAGAGCUGUUAUGUUUAUUUGUAAAAGAUUUAUUUAGUGUUGAAAUAUCAUUUUAACACGAUUACAGUUCAUUUUUUGUAAAAAAUUCGGCAAAAUGGCAGAUGAAAUAAGCAAUCAGUCCAAUCAAGCUGCUCGAAGACCGAUUAUCAAAGCAAUGGAAUUGUCACAAGCAUGCAAUUCACCUCCCUUCUCUUUUCGACCACUAUCAGGUGCAGAUAAAGUUGGAACAGCUUCUACCCCCAAUCGUCCUAAGAUGAGUUUACCUAGUGUCACAAAAUCUAAAGAACCUCCAUUGGUUUAUCGUAAUCCUUCAACACAAAGAUCUAAAUCAAGAGAAAACAAACUCAAACCCUGCCCUCCGAUGACAUCAGUUGGAAAACUUCAAAUAGAAGGGUUAAGUUACGAUUUCACGUCUGAAGAUUUACAAGAUCUGGGAGAAAUUGGCAGAGGAGGAUUUGGUACUGUCAACAAAAUGAUUCACAGAGCAACAAAUACUGUUGUAGCUGUAAAAAGAAUCAGAUCGACGGUUGAUGAAAAGGAACAGAAGCAACUGUUGAUGGAUCUGGAUGUGAUAAUGAAAAGUAAUGAAAACAAAUAUAUUGUACAGUUUUAUGGAGCUUUGUUCAAGGAG